UAUCGCAAUUUGCGAAACGUUUUUCUUGAAUUUAUGGUUUAUUUGUACAAUAUUGGAAACGUUUUAGUGUUUGAAAAAUCAUCGUUUGUUAAUUUGUGCCCACUGAACCCUUCAUUGAACGAUCAGUGCUAAACAGUUCGGUUUUUUGCUACAUUUUGCGAGGGCUGUGCACUGAUUCAGUAACGGGUUAUUUACGAUAUUGAUAACAGAUCUAAUCUCAAGUAGAACGUUCGGCAAAAUAUACAUACAGGGAAAUGUCAACCGAAUGGGAAGUAGUCGGCAAACAAAAGAAACCUCGUAAAACCGGCGGGGACAAAACGGAUGGAACUGCUGCUGGCAAAACCGGAAUUCUUAAAAUAGAAGAUGUUGAUACAAUGGAUCAGAUUCGAUCACUGUACGCUAAUGUGAAGGACGAUGUGCUGUUUGAUUUCAAAAAAGUAACAGGAGAUAAGAAGAAUAAUCAUAAUAAUUUGAAUGGGAAGCAGCAGCCAAAUGAUCGGAAACGAUCACCUGCGCGGGUCCAGCAGUCGCAACAGCAACAUAAGAAGAAACAGGAAGCAGAGAAACGGCAGCAGACAAAACCUAAGUUUAAAGAUGUGGAAGCCGCUUUGAAAGCAAUCAGCAUUAGUGACCUCCGCGCCCACCUAUGGGCGGUGAAUGAAAGUUUUAAAGAUAAUCAUUUAUUGACACUGAAGGCAAUAACGGCAUUUCUCAACGAACAUGUUCGCGUAGAAAAUGUUGAUCCAUUAUUUGGCGAUAAAUCGCUGUCCUAUCCACACAAUGUUAUGCCCCAGGAACUGAAAGAUCUCAUUGAUCAAUCGAUAUCGAAGGCUGGCACUCAAAAUUUACAAUUUUUCUAUGACCUCUCGCUGUCCAACAUGGCUGAAGAUAUGAACAAAAAUCUUCUGCAUAUGGGACACAAAAUUAUGCUGCAAUUUGUCGCGCUUCGUCAUCCCCAGAUAUGUGUUGACAAUCUUGCACGGAACGCGAUAAUCCGGAACUCCUUUCAGAACCGCAGCAAUAUUGGACUCAGCCUACUGUGGGCUCUCGGACAAGGGGGCUUCCGGGAUCUCAACAUCGGACUCAAAGUUUGGCAGGACUUUAUGGUGCCGGUGAUCGAGCUAAAGACUUAUAGUAAAUACGUUUACGAAUACAUCCACAAAAUACUCUUCAAACACAAAAGUACUAAACUAGAGCUUUCAUCCAGUGACUUCCUCACUAUUCUAAGUUCUCUGACGACGCAAACCAAAGCCAGCCGGGAUUAUGCUAAACUCCUAGAUGAAGCCUCCAAACUGCUAGUGGAGCGCUACGUAUUCAGUGCUCCUAAACUCUCCAGUACAUUCACCACAAUGUUCAAAAACAUCUCAUUUAUCGAGAAGACAGAACUGAUUUACUUUGGACUGAUACUGUGCCUGAUUGAGGAUCCGGAAUGUUGGACCGUGUGGCGCGGUCUGUAUCGAAAAAAUGUACAGCAAACGGUAGAGUUGUUGAAUUAUAUUGAAAAUUCAACCCCUGAACUGUCGUUAAAAUUAAUCAACGAUCGGCUGUUCCACCAGUUUUUGGAUGAUAUACAGGCGAUUAAUGUUGAAUUAGGACAAAGUAGAAAAAGAGUGGAAGGAUUGAAAGCAUCUACCACCAUUUUACAGCAAGUGCAGGAGAAAGUCGCCUCCAAAAAGAACAAAUCUGGCAAGGCCAGCAAAGCGCGCCCGGCGGGACCCGUACGCGUGUGCUGUACCGUGGUGCUGGGCACCUUCAUCCUGUUCUGUCUCACCGGUGCCCUGAUCAGUUUUGACACGUACCAGGCAGGCGGAAAGUUCGAAAAGUCACACACCGGCCAGUUACUGAAGCAGGCGGGUCUACUUCCGGCGGUAGAGGAUGCGUGGACCAGUACGCUCAAGCACAGUGCGCGGGGUUACAAGUGGGCCGAGGAAAAUGUACCGGUUUACUAUCAGAUAACCAGUAAGGCCGUUGGACCAUACAUUGAAUUUUCGAUAGAUCUCAGCAAAAUUCUCUGGAAUGGGGCCAAGAAGGGCUGUGGCAAUGUGAAAUUGCUGGUCGAGCAGAAAACGCCAGUGGUCGUCGAUUUUAUUGAACAGUACGCGCCGGGACUGCCGAAGAAGAUUGGUGAUUUUGCAUGUUCUACGUGGACAACCGUCAGCACGUUCACGGUUGAUACCUUCCAGCAGGGCUGUGACUUCUUCAAAGCGAAGGUGUUUGUUGGCCAGUUAUCACCGGAAAACUUGGGGAAAGCCUUCAACAAUACCCAACAGGCUGCUGCUCACUACAUUAGUUGGUUCCACGAGCAAGUUGAUUUCUACGCUAAGAUCAAGUAAGAAAUUGAAUUGAAUGUGAGAGAGAGAGUUAGUAAGCUGUUCUAGGCUAAGCGUGGAAAAAGUGUGCGUACGUACGAAUAAAGGGAACUAAUGAGACAAGAAACCGUAGAAAUAACAAACGUAAAACAUGUAAUAAAUCAUCCGAAAGACUAACGGGUGGGUAACACCCCCGCGCACCAUCAUCAAAGAGGUAACCAGCAGCAAUAUGUGCUAAAAUUACGAUGCGGAACCGAAAACCUCAACCAGAGUCCACUCAUUGUAGACAACAUAAAUGCAGAUGGUAGUAAUUUGGCGGUAUAGAAUGGAGUAAAUGAAUAAGAGUAAAUAUUGGUUAGGUGUAAACUAAAGUAAUUGUUCUGUUUGCUGUUAGGAUGAUGUCAUCCUUCACCAUGUCUGUGAAGAAAUCAGAAGUAAAGUAAAUUAUAACGAUGCAACUCCCGAAGAACAGCAAUGAAAUGCGUUGAUGAUUUAGUUUAUUAUGUGACUCGUAACGUAUACAAUACCGGUGGAAGAAGAUAAAAAAGUGAAAGCUAGAAAGUGAACAUUGGAGUAAUUUCAAACGGAAACUUACAUGAGUACAUUUGAUAGACUUUUAAAAUAAUAUUUUACUAAUUUAAUUUUUUUGUUUAUUUGAUAAGAUUCCAGUAACUGUUUGAUGAUGAUGAAAAGAAAAUGUAAAAAAAGAUACUGAAACAACA